AUGACCACUCAAACUUUGACCAAAGCCGUUCAGCAGCGUCCAAAUGCAACAUCGCGCAAGAAACGCGCUCAGCCUUCGAAGACUCGCCUACCCGUCCUGCGACCAGUGGUGGCCGACACCUUCUCGCCGACCUGGGCAACCGGCAUCAUGCGCUUCUCAACCAUCUACGGCGCCCUCAACAUAACCAACGAGCAGCUUCAAGCUCUCAAGAGCGUACCACGCGACGGCCCGAGAGAGGACCGGCCCACAUACGCGCACGUCGCUCGCACGCGUUCUGGUAUGGCCUCGCGCGGGCGACGGAUCACCUUCACAAUUCAAGGAGGCGCCGCCGCGGCGUACAUAGCGGGGUAUGGGAUGCCGGUGUACGCGCUCGCCACGGUGUCCGAGUCGGAGCUCCUCUACCAUAUGCAGUCGCCGCUCGACACGGUCAUGCCGUUACUCGGGACGAGGAACAUACGGAUUCGCAUCCAGUGGCCGUGCCCGCGCGAUGGGAGGCUCGAUCGCUUCACGUUCGAAGAGUCUGUGAUGGUAGACGAAUCGACGACGAGGCUCCGGAUGGGGAUGCUGGCUGCACAGUCGUUCUGCAAGUUCUUUGAGAAGAACAGAGUAAAGUUUGCCGGGCUCGCAGACUACGACUGGCUUCUGCGUCCAGACGCGCUCCACCGAGUGUGGCUAGUUGAACUUGAGCGCGUGGAGAAUGACGUGUACGCGGCAGACCUGAGAUACGUCAAGGAUUAUCCCGACACCCCAUAA